CCCAGCGCCGCCGAGUCCCCAGCCGCCGGCCGGCCUGCGGGAGCGGCGCAGUUGCGAAACUGAGUGCCUGUGUAGAUCCUCCCAGAAUAUCUGCCUGGUGCUGUGCUGUGCCCUUCCUCAAGACUACCUCAUAUUGGCUCUGGCUCAGAGACUCCUACAUGCUGAGUCUCUGCCUUCUCUGUGUUCUUGAAGCCAGACAUGACCUGACACUCUGAUGACUACUGUCAGGGCCUUGGGUGAUUAGCCAGUGCACCAUGGAACUGAAAGUAUGGGUGGAUGGAGUUCAGAGGAUUGUUUGUGGUGUCACCGAAGUCACAACUUGCCAGGAGGUUGUAAUAGCCUUAGCUCAAGCUAUAGGUCGAACUGGAAGGUACACACUUAUAGAAAAAUGGAGAGAUACUGAAAGACAUUUAGCACCUCAUGAAAAUCCUAUCAUAUCCUUAAACAAAUGGGGGCAGUAUGCUAGUGAUGUACAGUUAAUUCUGCGUCGAACGGGGCCAUCUCUCAGUGAAAGACCCACUUCAGAUAGUGUGGCUCGAAUUCCUGAAAGAACUUUAUACAGGCAGAGUCUCCCCCCAUUAGCCAAACUGAGGCCUCAAAUUGACAAAUCAAUCAAAAGAAGAGAACCUAAAAGAAAAUCAUUGACAUUUACAGGAGGUGCCAAAGGAUUGAUGGACAUUUUUGGAAAAAGUAAAGAAACUGAAUUUAAGCAAAAGGUGCUGAAUAACUGCAAAACAACAGCAGAUGAGUUGAAGAAACUGAUUCGUUUGCAGACAGAGAAGCUUCAAUCCAUUGAGAAACAGUUAGAAUCUAAUGAAAUAGAAAUACGAUUUUGGGAGCAAAAGUAUAAUUCUAACCUUGAAGAGGAAAUUGUCCGCCUGGAGCAAAAGAUCAAAAGAAAUGAUGUAGAAAUUGAGGAGGAAGAAUUUUGGGAAAAUGAAUUACAGAUUGAACAGGAAAAUGAAAAGCAGCUAAAGGAUCAACUUCAAGAAAUAAGACAGAAAAUCACAGAGUGUGAAAGCAAAUUAAAGGACUAUUUGGCACAAAUCCAGACUAUGGAAAGUGGUCUUGAAGCAGAAAAAUUGCAACGGGAAGUUCAGGAGGCACAAAUCAAUGAGGAAGAGGUUAAAGGACAGAUUGGUAAGGUCAAAGGGGAGAUUGACAUCCAGGGCCAGCAGAGCUUGAGGUUGGAAAAUGGUAUUAAAGCUGUGGAAAGAUCUCUUGGACAGGCCACCAAACGACUACAGGACAAAGAACAAGAACUGGAGCAGUUGACCAAAGAGCUGCGGCAAGUCAAUCUCCAGCAGUUUAUCCAACAGACGGGGACAAAAGUUACCGUUUUGCCAGCCGAGCCCAUUGAAAUAGAGGCCUCACAGGCAGAUAUAGAAAGAGAGGCACCAUUCCAGUCUGGGUCCCUGAAGCGACCUGGUUCAUCUCGGCAGCUUCCCAGUAAUCUUCGUAUUCUACAGAAUCCUAUCUCGUCUGGUUUUAAUCCUGAAGGCAUAUAUGUAUAACAUUAUCUGUCUUUAGGGGAGAGAUCAAUAAAAGUACCAAGGACAGUCAAAUUUCUACUUUGAUUUGUGCCAAUGAUGAACAGAGGACAUGUUUCACAAAUCACCGUAUUUUUUUCUCUCCUAAAUUGCAUACCACUUGGAGCCAUACCCUGUGCACUGAUGCUAAAGAACAAAGAAACUGUUUUCACACAUCAACAGUAUUGACAUUUUUGUCCAGCAGCUGUAAUACAAAGCCUUCAUUUUUAUUUGUAGCAUUUGAGAGCAUUGGUAAAGUAUUAUACUAUGUGUAUACAUAAAUAAACCGUGAAUUAAGAGUAAAGAGAAA